UCUUCUCUGGAAGCUUCCGCCCACACUGCUCCCUAUAAAGGUAGACAGAAUAGCCAGCAGAGCAGAGAGCCUGAGAUCAACUCAGAAACUUCCAGCUGUCUCCCUCCACCAUGCAGAUCUCCACAGUGCUUCUGGGCCUGCUGCUUGUGGCCACUGCCUUCACCUCCCAGGUGCUGGCUCACCCAGGUUCUAUCCCAGCUUCCUGCUGCUUUGUUAUGGCCAAUAAAAAGAUUCCCAAGCCACUACUGAAGAACUACAAAAAGAUCACCAACAGCAGAUGCACCCUGAAAGCCAUAAUCUUCAGGACCAAGUUGGGAAAAGAUAUCUGUGCUGACCCCAAGCAGAAGUGGGUUCAGGAUGCCAUAAAGCACCUGGACCAAAUCCUCCAAACUCCAAAACCAUAAACAAUCCCACCUUUUGAGACUAAACCAGAGCCGAAGAAACACUUGAUCCAAUCUCCAUAUGCCCUCGGGUCAUCUCAGCACUGAUCUCUAAGGACUCGGCUUCAUUUAGUUAUGGGUGGACCUGGAAGACAUUAUGUUUGGUGAAAUAAGCCAGACUCGAAAAGGUUGUGUAAUUUCUUAAAUCUGCAAAAUCUUAAAGGGGGACAUGAAAGUAGAUGCCAGAUUAUUGAGGAAUGCGAUGGAAUAGGAUGGGGGAUAAUUGAGGAGAACAGAGGGGUAAAUAUGAUC